UGUGCACUUCAGACCGGGGCGAGCUGCGUGAAUCGUGGCUUUGUUUAGUCUGCUGUCUGCUCUAGACCAACGACAGGGUUCGGAUACCGGGUGGGGAGGGGAGUAGGAGGCGCGGCUGUGCAUCUGUCGCCCGGUUUGGACACGCGAGGAGCCCGAAGAGUCGAACAGCAAUGGGGAGCAGAAAUCCUGAGUGUCCCUGCCCAGUGUUGGUGUUUGACGUUCCGCCAGAGCACCAGUCACAGUUUCCAGUGGGAAUGAAUACGCAGCUUGUCCUGCUCCCAUCCACGGCCCUUCCGUGUUCCUGAGUCCAAAGGUGACGGUGCCAGCCGAGAGCUGUUGGUGUGUGCGCGCAGACAACUCCGGCCUCCCCCACUUUCGAGAUGACCUCAGCCAGGCAACUAUCACGUGGAAUGGGCCGGGACCGCACUUGGUGUCAUGCCGGCGACUGCUCCAUCGUUUGAAAUGACUGAGCGCGUGCUGGGAGUGAAGCUGCUGCCCGGGGAGAAGGUGAAGGGGGAAGUGGACGCCAGGAGGUACGACUCCCACGGGGCUUCCACCCGUGGGAUCUUGCUGUGCACCAACUUCCGCGUGGCCUUUGUCCCGGCCGGGGUUGGGGACCCCCAGCAGGCGCUGGACGCUGGCACUGCCCCUCUGGGACCAGACGAAGUGGCCUUGUCCUGCAUUGAGCGGCUGGUGGCAGUGAGCAGCUCCCGCAGUAAAGUGCUGACGGCCUCUUCCAACCUCAAGUUCCAGCCCGAGGAGAUCCGGCUGCAUUGCAGGGACUUCCGACUGCUGCACUUCCAGCUGGAGCCCGGACACCGCUCCCGGCAGAUAGUCACACUGAUUGCUCAGAGUUCUCGACCAGAGUCUCUGCGGGAUCUGUUUUUGUUCGAUUACGCUCUGGAAGUGACUGCAAACACUGCUCCCCACCGAUGUAACGCUGACUUGGAGAAGGAUUUCUCACGCACCCGGUUGUUUGAAUCCCAUUUGGAUUGGGAGAGUGAACUGGACAGGACGGGAGCGCGAAGCUGGAGGGUCAGCCUUGUUAACGAACGUUUCGAAGUCUCAGCCAGUCUCUCAAGGUUCCUGGUGGUUCCCCGGACGAUUCUCGACCUGGAUAUCAAGAGCCUGUCUGCCUUGUUUACUGAGGGGCGCAUCCCGCGAUGGCACUGGCAUCAUGCUGGCAGCAACUUGCUGAGGAUGGGCACCUUCCAGAGCACCAGCUUCACCCAGAGGGACGGGCUCAGUAAGCUGGAAGAGAUGGUGUGCGGAGGCCACACGCAGUUGGUGAUCGCCGAUCUUGGGGAGGAUUUACCAAGCCCAGCCGACAUCCAGCAGGCCUACAGCCGGCUCCGCUCCCUGUGCGCAUGUGAACUGCCGGGCGCCACUCGGGACGGUGACGAGAAGUGGCUUUCGUCGCUGGAGUCCACGCGCUGGCUGGAGUAUGUCAGGCUGUGCCUGAAGAAGGCAACAGAGGUGUCGGCGCUGCUGUGGAACCAGAGGCUGACUGUCACGCUGCAGGAGUCGGACGAUCGGGAUCUCUCCUGCCUGGUGUCGUCCCUGGUCCAGCUGAUCUUGGACCCCAGCAGUCGGAGCCUGUCCGGAUUCCAGAGUCUGGUGCAGAAGGAGUGGGUGUCAGCCGGACAUCGGUUCACUGACCGCCUCGACCUCCUGCGAGCAUCCGACAAGGAGGAGUCUCCGGUAUUCCUGCUCUUUCUGGACUGUGUGUGGCAACUACUGGAACACUACCCAUUCUCCUUCGAGUUCACCGACACUUACCUGCUGACUGUCCGUAACAGCACGCACACUCUCCUCGCUGGCACCUUCCUCUUCAACAGCUGCCGGGAGCAACUCAGGACUCAGCAGGCCUCAUCCAGUGAGCAGCAGUCCCCCGUGUCCCCGCUCUCCAACGGCUGGCCCCACACGGGCGAGGUGAUGCCCGAGGAGCAGGUGGUUCUGAAGGGGGGCUACUUCGCCCAGGACGAAUCGUUCUGCCCCCUGCCCUCCGUUUGGGACUGGUCACUCCUCUACUCCCAGGACCAUCAGCAACAAUUCCGGAACGUCCUGUACACCGGGGAAUCCCAGGACGUGUUGCGGAACGGAAUGGUGGAGCAGUACGCAACUCCCCAGGCUGACGUGUCACCCUGGAGAUCAGUUCACCUUCUGACCAAGGGCGGCUGCCUCCUGCCCAGCCAGCCAGUGCCUUGGAAGCUGCCGUCCGUGUCGCGAAGACUGGCCAAGUGGAGCCGCUCGCUGGAGAGCCUGCUGGAACCAGAACCGGAGGCCGGCAGGGAAAACCCCCGGUCCCUGCCCUCCCUCUCCCCCACCGCCCUCCCCCUGCCCUCCCUCCCGCUCCCGGCCGCGGCCCUCUCGCUCUGGCGUGGCUGCUACCUGCGCUGGGAGCGAGUCCCCGCCCCUGGCACGUUCAGGGCCUGUCUGGGGAGCCUGAAUGCCGAAGUCCGCUCACUGGGCUGUAGGCUUCGGCCCGAGGCGCCUGCCAACGGGCCCCGUAGCCCUGGCAACCGGGCCUCCGAGCAACAAUGACUACCGUAGGCCCUAGCAGCCUUCUGAAUUCCUCUUAAGGUACGUGGCCUGCCCCUCUACAUUGUUUCGGGACUGGCACCUGGUUGGUUGCCCUCCCUUCCUCUGCAGUAUUAUGGGAUGUAGUGGGGGGGGUGGUGGAGAGAGUGUUUGGGUCCAAAACGGGGGAAUAGGAUGGAAUCUAACCCUCAGACCAAAGUGGUGGGGGUUGGUGAGGGUCAAAUCUGCCCUUCAGCCCUAUUUGCCGCUCCCCAACUAUAUUUGCCCCCGAUUUCCACCACAACCCCCUGUCCUCGUCCUUCAUGGGUAGGUGGGGGAUGGUGGUGGUCUGGGUCAUUUCCAGACAGUGUUUCAUGGGGGUGCCUUUCCCCCCGCCCCUGCAAUAAGCUGAGACUAACCUUGGGGUAGAGGGGCCACAAAUUGUCUUGUUUACCCCUUCCCCUGCAUCCCUCACUCUCCACUGUCAGCCCACAGCUCGGUACUGAAUUUACUUACGAGCCCACCACCCCUACUGGGUCCUAGGCCGCUGACAGUAUCUCGCCAGAAUCCUCCAUCCUGGGCCAGUCAUUCAGAUUGCCCCAGGGGUAGCCCAUCUUCCUCCCCCAGGGACGAGGUCUUCGGAGUUUCUGUCGGUGUUUCUGUAGCACUGGGUUUUUACCAGAUGGGGCUGCUCACCCCAUGUCCUCACCUCUCCUCAUGUCACAGCUGGGGCUUGGGACUAUCCAUGGCGGAGUUAGCCCAGUGGUGAAAGUCAUGGUUAAAGAUUCACGGUACACUCUUCCGGUACUUAGCCUAAGGUACUUGGGUGUUGAGAGGGUUGGGGGUGGAUUAUGGGGAGAUGGAGUACAAAUUAGGGACCCCCCCCAUCUCUCCUCCCUUCUCACUCCCACCCGCCCCA